ACCCAUGCCACAUCUGGACACUACAAUGUAUUAUAUAUUCUUUUUAACCACAGGUACGACAAAUUUAGUGGCUAUUACCUUUCGGUCAAUCGUGACAGAUCACGAACAAGACACAAUUACUAAAUUUCUCGAUAUGAGUUUGAUGCCAACAUCCAUUAUUCAAACGAAAAGAUCUUCCCUCUGUUGGCCUGUUUUUCAUAUUAUAUUUUGAUUCCGGAAAAGUAAUUUGAAAGCUUUUCGGAAGCAAACAGUAAAUCUGCAGACCACAUUCCCUGAUAUCUAUGGAUGAAACUGCAGAUUUCCUGGAAGGAAUGGACAGCAGGCUUUACAGGGCUGCUGUAGUGGGGAAUAUAUAUACGCUUAACCAGUUGCUCAGGGCUAAGCUCAAUGUUCUUCUUGAGGUUACCCCUCUUGGAAAUUCAGCAUUACAUAUAGCAGUUUCUCGCGGUAAUCUCCGAUUCAUUGAAAGAUUGCUGCAAGUCGCUAACCGAAAUUCUGUGGCAGGAUACGAAUUUCUUAGGGCAAAGAAUUCAGAUGGAAAUACUGCAGUGCACAUUGCAGCCUUCCAUGGCCAUGACAAAUUAGUUGAAGUAUUGCUUCAAAUAAUCGAACGAGAUGUAGAGGCUGGUGAUAUUUUGAGUUCUGUAAAUUGGGAAGGAAAUACGGCUCUUCAUGAAGCUGCAAAGGGGGGAAAUGGUAGGGUAGUGGAAAUACUCCUGAGGCAUGACCAUGAUGGCGGCCUGGUCGGUGCAUUAAAUGAUGCCGGUGAAACAGCCCUCUUUACAGCUGCCGAGGGCGGUCAUUCUGAUAUUGUUGAAAUUUUGUUACCUUUCAUGACUUCUCACAUCGGCCUGAAGAGAUCUGACGGCCAAACACCACUCCAUUCUGCCGUCUUCAACCGACACAUAGGUGUUGCUGUGAAGCUUGUAGAACACAGGCCUGAAAUGGUGAAACAAGCCGAUGAAUUCGGAAGAACGGCCCUGCACAUGGCUGCAUUGUCUCCGCCAUUUUUUCCUUUUCAGGCCGGUUUAUCAUCUUAUCACUUCAUGGUGCAGAUUGGAGAAUUACUUUUGCAAAAAGACAAUUCUUUGUGUUACAGAGAGGACAGGGAGAAACAGUCACCACUUCACAUUGCAGUGAAAGAGGGAAAAUACGAUCUUGUGAGGAUUAUUUUAAUGUACGCCAGAGAUUGUAGAGAACUGGUCGACAUUAAUGGCAGAAAACCUCUUCACUUAGCCGUCAUCACUGCCGUGCGGAUUUCUGAGGAAUCCAAUUUUGCUGUGUUAUUCCAAUUCAAAAACAUGAUGUUAUCUUUAAUGUCAAAGAGAUCACUUAAUCAUUGCGACAACAGCGGGCACACUCCAUUGCAAAUAGCAAUGAGGAAUUUUGAUACAGAUCCCGCACUCUUCAGCAGUAUCAAAGAAGUGCUUCAAAUAAAUGGUGCUGUGGUAACCCCAGAGAUGCUGGAAGAUGCAAGAUGGAUUAGAAAAGCAACUACUAAACUUGUGUUCAAAGGCCAAGGUAUAUCCAUAAAUGCGGUUCUGAUUGCCACAGUGUCCUUCGCUGCAGCCUUCACUUUACCAGGAGGACUGGACUUAAAUCCAGGAGGCAAACCAAAAGCUGUUUACAUCGAUGCUUUUCUCUUCAAACUGUUUGUGAUAUGCGAUGUAUUCUCAUUCUGUACUUCUAUUGCAUCAGCUAUUCUUGCAGGUGUGAGUAGAAAUCCAGUGGAGACAUUAUACUGUAUUUAUCUAUUAUGGUCAGCACUCAUAUCACUGUUAUUAGCAUUCGGAACAGCCAUACACCUGGUCAUCCAAUCAUCUGGAUGGUUAACAGUCCUCGUAUGGCUUAUGCUCUCCUUUGUUCCCAUUACCAUAUUUGUCAUUAGUUUUCAUUCCAAACAAUUCAUUUUCGGGCCAGAAAGAUACAAGAUUUGGUUUGUAUUGCUAUUUCCAGCGGCCCUGGUUAUGGCUAUAUGUUAUUUCAUAUCUGAGAUACUGUAUGUAUUCUUGUUCUCCCGCCUAUUUAACAUGGUAAUCCGCUGGACAAGAAAGAAGAUACGCUAUGAAUCUUCUUCCCAAAGACAUUAGACUUGUAAUUGACUUCCAAUCAUCAAUGGAAGCAGACUCAAAUAACUGCUGUAUGGGACGGUGAAAAUUCAGUCCAAGCUCGGGACGGUGUCGAUGCACUCCAAACUAUCUGAAAUGUAUCUACACCUUACAUUGCCCUUCUCUCGAAGAAGUAAUGCAGUAUUUAAAUGAAGAUUCUGAAAUUA